GGGACAGAGGCCGACAGGAAACGUAUCCCGCUCGACGCCUGCGCAGUGGCUCUUUUGGCUCCCCUGUAAAGAUGUCUGAGCAGGCGGGGAGGGAGCGGAGCGGAGGACCCCGAACCAACAGGCAGAGCCCGCGACUGCGAGCAUUUAAAAGAGUCCAGGUGGCAGGUGCUAGCAGCGUCGGAGAUGUCCAGUGACAGCCAGGCGUCGCUGAAGGGGGAGGCGGCGGUGCACUCGUCGGCCGCCUCGCAAGGCCCGCCACUCUCGCCGGCCACCGCCAAAGCGCCCGAACUGCCAGAUGAGCUGAUCCAGGCGGGUUGGUCCAAGUGCUGGUCCCGGCGGGAGAACCGGCCCUAUUACUUCAACAGGUUCACCAACCAGAGUCUGUGGGAAGUGCCCGUGUUGGGCCAGCACGACGUCAUCUCGGAUCCUUUAGGCCUGAACGCAGCGCCAGCAGAGGGCGGCGAUGCUAACCUGGGCAAUGGGCAGAGGAAGAGGCGGAGCUCCGAGGAGCAGGCGGGCGGGCCCAACAGCCUGAAACGCGCCAAGGCCGAGCCCACUACGCCCAUCUCACCCGGCGCCCCCGGCGUCAAACCCUGGAGUGAUGACAAACAAGGCGCCACCCCCGCACAGGCCGCGGCCAGCCCCGCCCCUGCUCCUUACAGGCCGGCCGUUGUCUACUGGGACCUGGAUGUCCAGACGAACGCAGUGAUCCGAGAGCACUCCCCUGCCGAGCACUUGCCCCCGCACCCUGAGAUCGAGCUGCAGCGAGCCCAGCUGGUCACCAAACUGAGGCAGCACUAUCAUGAGCUCUGCCACCAGCGAGAAGGCAUCGAUCCGCCUCGGGAGUCCUUCAACCGCUGGCUGCUGGAGAGGAAAGUGACAGACAAAGGUCAGGAUCCCGUGCUGCCCAGUGACUGCCGCCCCGUCAUCUCGCCGUCCAUGUUCAGGGAGGUGAUGAACGACAUCCCCAUCAGGCUGUCUCGGAUCAAAUAUAAGGAGGAGGCCCGCAAGCUCCUCUUCAAAUAUGCCGAAGCGGCCAAGAAGAUGAUGGACUCCAGGAAUGCCAGUCCAGAGAGCAGGAAAGUGGUCAAGUGGAACGCCGAAGACACCAUGAGCUGGUUGCGCAGGGACCACUCGGCCAGCAAGGAGGACUACAUGGACCGUCUGGAGCACCUCCGCCAGCAGUGCGGCCCUCAUGUUACAGCGGUGGCGAAAGACUCUGUGGAGGGUAUCUGCUCCAAGAUCUACCAGCUGUCGUGCGAGUACAGCAGACGCCUUCGCCACACGCACCUGGGCCUGCUGCAGGACCCGCCCACAGAGGCAUCAGAGGAGGAGGGGGCAGCGGCAGCUUCGGCAACUCUGGCGGCGGACCCGUCCCCGACGCCGUCUCGACUGGUGUACUGCUACCCGCUAAGGUUGGCGCGGCCAUCGCCACCUCUGCCACGGGUGGAGCUUCACUUUGAGAACGACGUAGCCUGUCUGCGCUUUCGAGGGGAGAUGGUCAAAGUCAACAGGGGACACUUCAGCAAGCUGGAGCUGCUGUACAGGUACGGCUGUAUCGACGACUCUCGCUUUGAAAAGUUCCUGUCCAGAGUUUGGUGCUUGCUCAAACGAUACCAGGUGAUGUUCGGCGGCGCGGCCAACGAGGGUACUGGCCUCCAGGGGGCGUUGCCGGUACCAGUCUUCGAGGCUUUGAAUCGGCACUUUGGCGUUUCCUUCGAGUGUUUCGCCUCGCCUCUCAACUGCUACUUCAAACAGUUCUGCUCCGCCUUCCCCGACACAGACUGCUACUUUGGAUCGCGAGGGCCCUUCCUGUCUUUCCGUCCCGUCAGUGGCUCCUUCGAAGCCAACCCGCCGUUUUGCGAAGAGCUGAUGGACGCCAUGGUGACGCACUUUGAGGACCUCCUGGAGCAGUCGAGCGAGCCGCUGUCCUUCGUGGUCUUCGUCCCCGAGUGGCGAGACCCGGUGACACCGGCGUUGGCCCGCAUGGAGGCGAGUCGCUUCCUGCGCCACCAGAUGAGCGUGCCCGCCUACGAACACGAGUACCGAUCAGGAAGUCAGCACAUCUGCAAAAGGGAGGAGAUGUACUACCGGGCGGUCCACGGCACGGCGGUUCUCUUCCUGCAGAAUGCGGCCGGCUCGACCAAAUGGGCACCCACGCCGGAGCGGCUGGCCGAGCUGGCGGCGUCCUACCGCCCUUCGCGUGCCGCACAACCACCGGCCUCGCCGGGCCCCGCCCAGCCACCGGCCGACGCCCCCUCCAAGGCUGCCGGCCACGACGACAACAACAAUGACGGCGGUGGGGCCAGCCCGCGAGACAAGAUGAAGGAGAGGCCGUAGCGCCCGCGGGCUCGUUCCGGACCCGUCAGACUUUCCGAAUUUUCGUCCAGUCGUGCGACGACAAAUGCUAUUUCUGACAUUUUGCGUUCGCCCGCUCGCCGUCAUGUACAUAAUGUACAGUCAAGGUAACGCCCGUCGCAGGCUUUUUAUUUAACGUCAUUUGCGUAUCUUACUCUUGACCCUAGUUUGUUGGAAACUAAACCAAAGCGUUGUUCGCUCAUUGAAUGCCAUUGACGGCACUGACUUUGAUGGGAUUGUCACCCCUACCAACAUGGCCGCCUUGCUGGGCAAUGAAAGGUCUUUUCAUGCCUCUGCAAUCAAUUCUUUCCAAUUGUCCUUCUGAUGUGAAUUUCAAUGACUUUAUCACUCGUAAAUGUCCAAUCCAAUUGAAGCGGGAAGGUUGGCAGCAAAUGAAUCAACGGCCAUUCUCUGGACGCUUACUAGUGAUAUACUCGUUGGUAUAAGGGUGCGGCUUGGCCAGUGGAAGAACCAGUUUGGCUGUGAUUGACGGCGAUAGACAUCCAAUCAAUUUGUAGCUGAAGGGUAGGCAGCGAAUGAACGAACGCUGCCAACUUCCUGCUUAAUAUGGGUUGGACGUCUACUAGUGAUAAAUUCAUUGAUGGGAAAGGGCACAUCUUGGCCAGAGGAAGAACAUUUUUUGUUUUUAAAUUAUUGGUUGCUAUUGAGGGCAAUAGACGUUCAAUUCAUUUGAAGUGGGACGUUCUGUGGUGCAAGCCUCUCUGCUUUAAAUGGAUUGGAUGUUAAACUAUUUAAUCAACCCAUUUUUGCCUGAAUUUACAUUUAACAAAUCUACAAUUAAGUCAUUAAAAUAGUAAUGAAAUAUAUAAAGAAAUUCAGAACAUAGUAAAUAAAAAAAAUAGAUGUAAAUAUAAAUUUUAAAUUCCGACAUUUUAAAAAUAUUAUUUUUUAUCUAUCAGUGAUUAUAAUUUUCAGCUGUAUUUUCGUUUUUUCCCCAUAUAAAGUAUUUUUUUUAAAUACUAAUGUAUUCCUCAAAUACUUUACGAUGAAGUGCAAGUUUUAAUUUCAUUCAUUCGCUAAUAGGUCUCCCACUUCAAAUGGAAGGGCAUCUGGCACAGUCAAUGGCAUCCACUGAGCAAAUGGAUGCUUUGACAAUGAGGGAAAAAAAGUUGAGAAAUAAAUGAGUUUUGACCUCAUUUGAUUGACUUCUUUAUAUGGAUUGGACUUCUGUCACCGUCAAUGGCAGUGAAUGGUUUUUUUUUUUAAUGUUGUCAACGUCCUCACCCAUGCUGAAGUCAGUAGGCAAUCCAGUGACCUUCCCCCGUUUUGUGGUUAUGUUCCUCAGUCCGUCAACUCUCUUUUGACCUCAAAAGUGUCGUCGUACAGGACAAACUGAGGACGAGUGGAACAAUAUGCAAAAAUAUUUGCCCAUCGUAGCGCUCCCUUGAUUCUCUUCGUCUUUUUGCGAUUUUUUUUUUUUUUUUUUUUUUUUUUGGAAACAAUAUGUGUUUUUUUUGUUUUGUUGUUUUUUGCUAAAAUGGGACGAUGGACCUUUUUCUGCUUGUCUAAAAAUUGAUUGGGACGUGUUUCAGGAGAAAUGAAGAGCAGUCCGGUCAGCGGUGGGCGACUAUUUUUAAUCCCGCCAAAGACACUCGUUGGUCUUUCUUGGGCCGAGUGGACUGGAGAAUGUACAUAAACAAAAGACACAAUGCAGUUUAACUCCCAGUAAAGUUCUAUUCCAUCCUU